GUGAACUGCUGUGAGGUUUCUGGUUUCCUGUGCGUAUUUUUCUCGUGCUUUUGUUAACUGAAUUUUUACUUCAUUUCUUUCAGUUAGUUAAGCGCUGCUUGUUGAAGUUAUAUUUUGCUAGGGUGGAAUAAAAAGGAAGCAUAAAAGGAGACGUAAAGAUGACAAUGUUACAGUUCAAAGAUGCCUUUUGGGGCACAGAAUUCACCAGCAAUGCUGGCUAUGAAGCUCUCACCCAGAGACUCUGUGAUGGCCGGCGGACUUGCAAAGACAUGGAGGAGCUCUUGAAGAUGAGGGCAAUGGCUGAAGAGAGGUAUGGCAAAGAGUUAGUAACUAUUGCACGAAAGGCUGGAGGCCAAAGUGAAAUAGGCACUUUAAAGAUAUCGUUUGACCAACUUAAAACACAAAUCGAGAACAUUGGAAAUUUGCAUAUCCAGUUAUCGGGGAUGUUAAAAGAAGAGGUCAAGCGCAUGGAGCACUUCAGAGAGCGCCAGAAAGAGCAGCGCAAAAAGUUUGAGGGAAUCAUGGAGAAGGUUCAGAAGACCAAGGUUGCACUGUACAAGAAAACAAUGGAGUCUAAAAGAUCCUAUGAGCAGAAAUGUAGAGAAGCAGACGAGGCCGAACAGGCAGCAGACAAGAUCAACAACACUACCACCCCCAAACAGGCCGAAAAGUUACAAAACAAGGCCAAACAAUGCAGAGAAGCUGCUGGAGAUGCAGAGAAACAGUACAUGUCAAACAUCGAUCAACUGGACAAGAUUAGACAAGAAUGGGAGACUACGCAUGAAAGUACAUGUGAGGUUUUUCAGCAGCAAGAAGGCGACCGCAUCAACAUCUUGAGAAAUGCUAUUUGGGUCCACUGUAACCACUUCUCGAUGCAGUGUGUCAAAGAUGAUGAGUGUUAUGAAGAAGUGAGGACAGUGCUGGAAGGGUGUGACAUCACAGCAGAUAUCAACAGCUUCAUAGAUUUAAAAAGAACUGGAAGUAUUCCACCAGAGGCCAUCGUAUUUGAAAAUUACUACAGCCGAGAUCCCUCAGGUGAGAGCAACGGCACUGCCCGCUUUGGGGGAGGAGUGAUGAAGAGGUUUUCUAAUCUCUUGCAAGGCAACUGCUCUGGUGGUUCCAAAAAUACCAAUGAUGUCUCACAGCCAAUAGCUCCCUCUUCUGGAGACAACUCAGAUGGAGUUUAUGCCUCUAUUCCUGGGUUUCCAAAUACAACUGACCACCAAGGAGAAAAGUACCAGGCUCUGUAUGACUACAAUGCUCAGGGUGCAGAUGAGUUGUCCAUCUCGAUAGGGGAUGUUCUUCUGGUGGUGGAGCAAGGAGAAGAUGGCUGGUGGACAGUGCAAAAGAAUGGACAGAAUGGCCUGGUGCCAGGCUCUUACCUGACCAAGAUUUGAGACCAAUUCAGUUUCCAAAGCCUAAUGUCCACGGACUUAUGCCUUCUAUUAGGUGUUAGAGCCCAAAUUCAUUGUGUCUAGGUCAACCUUAAAUAUUAAUACAGUGCCCAGGAUCUAGAACAUGAUUUCACAGAGGUCUAUUCAUACAGGUCCUGGGUACUGUAUUAAUAUUUAAGGUUUAAUGAAUCAUGGUCAUUUGUAAAUAGAUUAUUGUACUUACUUUGUUAGAGAGGAUACAUAUUUAUUUCUUGACUAGAAGAAUGUAUUUAUUGUUAAUUAAAGGUAAAGAAAACUCAAGUGCACAAAAAUAAGGGUUAUAACCAGGCAUAUUGGGCUUUCUGUGACUUGAGGUCCUGGAUAAUAGGACAGCAAACAAAUCUGAGUGUCAGUGGACCUGCUAUCAUAAUAUUAUAGUCAUUUUUGUGUAUAUUCACUAGUAGAAAGGUAAAAUGAUUAUUACUUUUAUUGCUUGUUAUGGAGGUAAUUCAAGUUAUUUGUGGCAGUUUUGAUGUUACCUCUUUUCAGUAAUAAUGAAGAAUAUCAUCGCUGUCCAAAAAACAAUGGCAGCUUUACAGGAGAGGCCAAAAACAUUCUUCACUUUUAAUGUACUUUCAUUGCAAAGACAUUUUAUUGCAAGCUAUUUUGGAGCAUUUCUACUGGUGGAUUCAUCAUGAAAGUUUUCACACAAUGUAAAGGGUAGCUGCUGUGCUCAAAUGAUGUUAAAAAAAUUAAAAAUAAAAAAUAGAGAUACUUUUUUUGGGCAGUAAGGAUAUUUAUAUACCCUACAAUAAAAUAUUUACAAAUUCACCCCACACUACAAUACUGGGGAGCUGCCAGGAAAAUGGCUUCAUGGCUUCAUAUAAUGUUUAAUAGUGUAGCCUGAACAUGUAUUAAUUGACAAGCAAGCCAGCAGAUUUUAACAUCAUUGGUCUAUUUUGGGGUUUAUAUUUUGUUAAACCAUAUUAUACAAUAAAGUAAAUUUAGUACACAAUGACAUUUCAAGUAAGAUAUUUGUAUACAUUCCAGCCAAAAAGAACAUCUGCCUGAAACAUGCUUACUCGCCUCUUACAGCUGUGCUGUAGUGGUCUCUAAAGCAAGACUUCCUGGCUUAAAAAGUAGGAAAGACUCUUUCUGAUGAUGUAUCUUAGAGGUGGAAGAAGAAAAAGGUUAUCAGCCAACUGAGGUUAGCACUACCUCACUAAAACAGGCAGUAUACUUGAAAUGCAAA